CGCUGAGAGGCGCGCCGGGUCUGGGCAGCCGCCGUCUAGGAUUCUUGUCUCGGAGCGUCCCCGACGUCUCCGGUCUGAGUCCCGGAGUGCUGGGCCGCGUCCGCCCCGUCGAUCCCGGCUCUCGUCCCUUCCCUGCAGCCGUCAGGGCCCGCCCCCCAACUCCCCUUUCCUCUGCCGGGGCAGGGUCCUCGCGGUCCAUGCUGGCCGCUGGGGACCCUCGCCGCCCACACCGCUCCCAGGCCGGCUGGCCGGCCACCAUGGUGGCCCUGAGGCCUGUGCGGCUCCUCCAGGGGGGCUAACAGGCCCAGAGCACAGGCCUCGGGACGUGAGGGUCCCGGGCCUGAGCCCCGCACCAUGGCUGGGGCCAUCGCUUCCCGCAUGAGCUUCAGCUCGCUCAAAAGGAAGCAACCCAAGACGUUCACCGUGCGGAUCGUCACCAUGGACGCCGAGAUGGAGUUCAACUGCGAGAUGAAGUGGAAGGGGAAGGACCUAUUUGAUUUGGUGUGCCGGACUCUGGGGCUUCGGGAAACCUGGUUCUUUGGACUGCAGUACACAAUCAAGGACACCGUGGCCUGGCUCAAAAUGGACAAGAAGGUGCUGGAUCAUGAUGUUUCAAAGGAAGAACCAGUCACCUUUCAUUUCCUGGCGAAAUUUUAUCCUGAGAAUGCUGAGGAAGAGCUGGUUCAGGAGAUCACACAACAUUUAUUCUUCUUGCAGGUAAAGAAGCAGAUUUUAGAUGAAAAGAUCUACUGCCCUCCUGAGGCUUCUGUGCUCCUGGCUUCUUAUGCCGUCCAGGCCAAGUAUGGUGACUACGACCCCUCUGUUCACAAGCGGGGAUUUUUGGCCCAAGAGGAGUUGCUUCCAAAAAGGGUAAUAAAUCUGUAUCAAAUGACUCCGGAAAUGUGGGAGGAGAGAAUUACUGCCUGGUAUGCAGAGCACCGAGGCCGAGCCAGGGAUGAAGCUGAAAUGGAAUAUUUGAAGAUAGCUCAGGACCUGGAGAUGUACGGCGUGAACUACUUUGCAAUCCGGAAUAAAAAGGGCACAGAGCUGCUACUUGGAGUGGAUGCUCUGGGGCUUCACAUCUAUGACCCUGAGAACAGGCUUACCCCCAAGAUCUCCUUUCCGUGGAAUGAAAUCCGAAACAUCUCCUACAGCGACAAGGAGUUUACUAUUAAACCCCUGGACAAGAAAAUCGAUGUCUUCAAAUUUAACUCUUCAAAGCUUCGUGUUAAUAAGCUGAUUCUCCAGCUAUGUAUCGGAAACCAUGACCUAUUUAUGAGGAGAAGGAAGGCUGAUUCUUUGGAAGUUCAGCAGAUGAAAGCCCAGGCCAGGGAGGAGAAGGCUAGAAAGCAGAUGGAGCGGCAGCGCCUCGCUCGAGAGAAGCAGAUGAGGGAGGAGGCUGAACGCACAAGGGAUGAAUUGGAGAGGAGGCUGCUGCAGAUGAAAGAAGAAGCAACGAUGGCCAAUGAAGCACUGAUGCGGUCUGAGGAGACAGCCGACCUCUUGGCUGAAAAGGCCCAGAUCACCGAGGAGGAAGCAAAACUCCUGGCACAGAAGGCUGCAGAGGCUGAGCAGGAAAUGCAGCGCAUCAAGGCCACAGCCAUUCGGACAGAGGAGGAGAAGCGCCUGAUGGAGCAGAAGGUGCUGGAGGCUGAGGUACUGGCGCUGAAGAUGGCCGAGGAGUCAGAGAGGAGGGCCAAGGAGGCAGAUCAGUUGAAGCAGGACCUGCAGGAAGCCCGUGAGGCAGAGCGAAGGGCCAAGCAAAAGCUCCUGGAAAUCGCCACCAAGCCCAUGUACCCGCCCAUGAACCCAAUUCCAGCACCAUUGCCUCCUGACAUACCAAGCUUCAACCUCAUUGGUGACAGCCUGUCUUUUGACUUCAAGGAUACUGACAUGAAGAGGCUUUCCAUGGAGAUAGAGAAAGAAAAGGUGGAAUAUAUGGAAAAGAGCAAGCAUCUGCAAGAGCAACUCAACGAACUCAAGACAGAGAUCGAGGCCUUGAAACUAAAAGAGAGGGAGACGGCUUUGGAUAUUCUGCACAACGAGAACUCUGACAGGAGCGGCGGCAGCAGCAGCAAGCACAAUACCAUUAAAAAGCCUCAAGCCCAAGGCAGAAGACCUAUCUGCAUUUGAGCCCUCAAACUUACUUUGCAGAGCGCCAAGUCCCGAGUGGCCUUCUUUGAAGAGCUCUAGUGGGUGACCCGGCCACCCCAGGAUCUUCCACUUCUGUUGUUCCUGGCACCAGCAAGAUGGGCCAGACACCGUGGGAACCAUCCGUAGGGGACUGACUAGGGGCUUCUGUGGGAGCUCCGGAACUUUCCCCAGCUGAGUGGAGAGCCCAGCCCCCUUCAUGUGCAAUUGCCUUUGAACUAUGACCCUGUAGAGAUUUCUCUCAUGGUGUUCUAGUUCUCCUGACCUGAGUCUUUAAUUUUUAAGAAGUAUUUGUCUUUCUUUGUCUAAUGUGGGAACCCAUACUUCCUUCAUCAAAGGCACCAUGGUGUGUGCAUCUUACUGUCCAGUGCUGACUGCCACAGUCUAGUCUGAGAAGUGGUUGUAGGGAGUGAAGUGCAGAAGCCCCCUGGAGGCCAGGAGGCUGGUGCUACCACCCCCUCCCCACCCAAGGUUCUGCAACAUUCUUCCCUUCCAUGGGUGAGGACCGGGCUGACUCCAGACCCAGAGCAGCCUACACGCUGCACGUGGUUGGUGAGCUUGCCCACAGCACAGGACCAACAAAGUGCUAGGUCCUUGCCAGGCACCCCCAAGGCCGCUCUCUGGCUGCCAGCUGGUGGGAACAGGCAGGGCAGCUGUGCCUGGGACAGAAGCUGGGAGAUAGGGCUGCUGUCAGCCAAGGGCUGGGAGGCCAGCAGAGUCAUGCAGGGAGCUGAUGGUGCAGUGCACUCACGCCCCACUCUGGCCACCCCAGGGCAGGGUCUUAGAGGCAGUCAGGAGCUGCAUGUGUCUUUCAGUCCCCUUCAGCCUCAGCUUCUCCUACCUGGGGUGGGCUGAGGACUCCCUGGUCAUGUUCUAGUAAGCGCCUAGUAACUCAUCCGUGACCGGGGGCUCCAUGGGCCCUGAGGCCCUACAGGUACUUCUCGCUGGCACAGUCUGUGUGGCUGAUUGGAGUCCCCUCUCCUCCUGGGCAUGUGCCCAAGGCCCUUCCUAACCAGCUCGGGCACCUGGGCCUCAUUUUGCCGUUGCCCUUGUCCCCUAGGGCCCUUUAUUUUAUAUUCCCCAGGGGCCCAGUGUGUCCUUUUGUGCCCCUCCCAGCAGGAGCCUGAGGCAGGUGUCCACUCCCAGUUGGUGCUCAGUGCUAGCACAGGCUGGCGCUUGGCCACCUCCAUGCUAGGCAGCAGCAGGUUACAGAGCCACCCCCGGGUCCCUCUCACUCCUUGAUCUGGGCCAUCUUCUUGCCCCCCCCCCUUUUUUUUUAACUCCAUGGCUAGUGUUGCUGCUGUGGCCAACCAGGGCCCUUCAGAUCCUUCCAGUUGAGCCGUUAUGCAGAGCAGGUGAUUCAUUAAUCAGUGAAAAGAUGUUUACUAACUGAAGAUGUGAGGGCCUGAAGAUUUCCUGAGAGCAGAGCAGGUCUCUGGCAGUUCUAUUUGGUUUUGAAAAACAGAAGCUCAUGGAGAUCCUGCCUUUUCCCCCACUGUCAGGCUUUCCUAAUGGUGGCUUGUCCUGUGCUGACUUGGGCUGGCCACAGCUACCUUAGGCCACCUUGCCCCAGGGAAGCCAGCUCUGUGUGCCAUCUCAACCCCUUAGGGCAUGCAGGGUGGGACUCCAUGUCUCGAACCUAAGCAUGAAUGGCUGUGGCUGAAAGAGUCUCCUUGUGGCUUCCUGGUCUGUCCCAGCCUGGGAAAGCCCUUGGGAGCUGGAACCUCAGGCCUUUGUAAAGUAAGGUCUGGCUCUUGGGUUGUGGCUCUGUCUCCUCAGGCUAAAACCCAUCCUUGAAUUUCCACCACGAGUUACUUUCCUCCUGACCUAUAAAUUUAAUCUUUAACAGUGGCUGUGGGGCAGAGGAGCAUGAUGGUGGUUUAUAAAAACAAUGUCAGGCUUUGUUGUCUUAUUUAACUGCUGUAUGUACUUCUAAAGUCUGGGAAAUGUCAAGACACUUGGCCACAAGGGGGUUGGCUGGUGUCUGAGCUGUGGCAGGAUCCCUUGGGCCCAGGGAGGGCUGGCAACGCCUCACACAGCCUGGAGCACUCAGCUGUCCUUGGGGCCAAGAGCUAGUGGGCCACCUCCCCCAGGCCAAUUAGGCCAAGGGGAUGGUGGCCCUCAGAAAGGUCUUCAGCAUCAGUAGAAGGAGAAAGCAUGAAAGAGGUACUUGGUUUUCAGAGGCUUGAGCCUGUGGCUGAGGUGACUGUUCUUUUUAAGUGAACAUUCUUAGGGAUGGGAGCUUGUCAAUUAAGAAAGUCUCUGAAGUCCAUUGAGAGCAGGGCCCUGGCUGUGAUUAUUUCAUUACAGGUGCUUUCGAUGGCUCUCGGGUAGAAACCAUUAAUGAAGUCACUGCCCAGCUGAGCUAUUGGCCUGUAACUGUUUGGGCACAGACCACCUCGGUCCUCCUGACUGAGGCUGCACCUCAGCCACAGCGGCGCUCUGACUGGUGGUGUCUGCGCAAUCAUUCAUGUACCCGCCACCCCCUAGAAAAAAGAAACACCCCGUGGCGUUGCAUAACACUUCUUGAGUGACCGUAUUUUGUAAUCUUGGGGACAGGUUUCUGUCUCUCCCUCGUUUUUUUCCCUCAAAAGUCCAGAGGCUGACAACCAGUGAUGGUGACUAAGUGUUCCUCGCUAACAGAGCUCGGGCCUCGUAGCCCCUAGAGUGAGCGGCUUCGGUCGGGAGACAGCCUCUCCCGGUUGCCCUGGGGCCAGAGCGGCCCCUGUGGGCUUCCAGGGAAACUCCAUGUGUUUUCAAAGAUGUCAAAAGUCACUUCUGCCUGUGAGGCCUGAGUGCUUCCUCCUGUCAGGGCCAGACCUUGGAAGGCUAUUUUCUAUUCUGGGGGAUUGUUGUAAUUUAAAUGAUUGUUUUAAUAAAAAUUCUAAG